AUGGACAGGAGGCUUUACAAAGCAGCAGCAGAAGGAGAUGCAGCUUCUUUGCUCGAUCUGCUCAGAGACGAUCCGCUGAUUCUCGACAGAUGUCUGGUGUGGUCUUACAAUGAGACUCCACUCCAUGUAGCAGCAAUGCUUGGUCAUGAGAAAUUUGUCGGCGAGAUUCUGGAUCGAAAGCCCGAGCUCGCAGGAGAGCUGGAUUCUCAGAAGUUUUCGCCCCUGCACCUCGCGACAGCUAAAGGUCACCUUGGAGUAGUGAAGAAAUUGUUGACUGUUAAUGCCGAUGUAUGCUAUGCUCGUGACAAAUAUGGUAGGAACCCUCUUCACAUUGCAGCGGUUAAAGGCCGAGUCGAUGCUCUAAAGGAACUGGUUCGAGAGCGUCCCGAUGCAGCUCGUCAGAGGAUGGAACAUGGUGAGACUAUACUGCAUUUAUGCGUGAAGCAUAAUAAUGUGGAAGCUCUGAAGCUUUUGGUGGAGUCUGUUGGAGAUGAUGAGUUCGUUAAUUUGAAGAACGACGAUGGCGACACCGUACUGCACCUUGCUGCUGCAGAUAGGCAAACUGAGGAAAUUGGUCGCAAGGAGAGGAUCUUCCGCCUCCGUGGUCAUGCGCCCAGACCGCGUCUGAUGAGGAUGCCAUACCAUGUCAGUUCUCUGAGUACCUUAUAUGUGAAUCUACAGUGGCUGAAAUUCUAUAAAAGCAGAAGAUAUGCAGGGUUUGCUUGUUACUCUGUAAAACAACCACAGAAUUGUUCCAUGCCUAUCCUAGACAAUUUGCAGGACUUCCUUGCUAUGCUAUCUGUGAAAGUAUAG